CAUCAUUUCAACGGGCUUGCUCCAUGCUGAUCAGCUUGCAAGCACCAUUUCUUUUAAAAGAUUGGCUUUUUCUUUGCACCCUUGUUUAGAUCUCUCCAGUUCAGUUUGCUUUAUGUCGAUGGCAAGUAAGGGAAGGAGUUGAUAAGGAAAAUUGGAGAGGAUUUCCCUGAAGACUGUACUCUUACCUGCUUUCCAUAAAGUCUGUAGGCACUGGAUUUUCAGGUUUGGGCUUUUCCUGGAAGCUAUGAAUGUGGGGUGGAUGGAUUUCUUUUGCAAAAGCAGCAAGAAGCAGAGCAGGUAUACAUUGUCCAUGGCAGACUCCUUGGAUAGCUGGAAAGCAAUCUCCAGGUCAGGCCUCCAGCACUUGGCCCCUGUGCAUUCCCUCAACAUCGCAGUCUCCAAUGGGCCUGUGAAGGAGCCACGAACAGCACUAGAAUGGACUGAAAAUGCGGUGAAUGGAGAACAUCUGUGGCUGGAGACCAAUGUUUCUGGGGACCUGUGUUACCUGGGGGAGGACAGCUGCCAAGUCAAAUUCGCGAAAUCGGCUCUCCGAAGGAAGUGUGCUGCCUGUAAGAUUGUGGUCCACAAUGCAUGCAUGGAACAGUUAGAAAAGAUAAAUUUCCACUGCAAACCAACUUUCCGUGAGGGGGGCUCCAGAUCUCCAAGAGAAAACUUUAUCCGACAUCACUGGGUGCACAGGCGAAGGCAGGAGGGAAAAUGUAAACAAUGUGGAAAGGGGUUUCAGCAAAAAUUCUCCUUUCAUAGUAAAGAGAUUGUGGCCAUCAGCUGUUCCUGGUGCAAGCAGGCGUUUCACAACAAAGUCACCUGUUUCAUGUUACACCACAUUGAGGAGCCGUGUUCCCUGGGGGCUCAUGCUGCUGUCAUUGUGCCUCCCACUUGGAUCAUUAAGGUGAAGAAACCUCAGAACUCAUUAAAGACUUCGACUCGACGGAAGAAGAGAACAUCUUUUAAAAGAAAAGCUAGUAAAAGAGGCAAUGAGGAAAACAAAGGCCGACCUUUUGUGAUAAAACCUAUCUCUUCCCCGCUCAUGAAACCACUGUUGGUGUUUGUGAAUCCAAAAAGUGGAGGGAAUCAGGGCACCAAAGUUCUCCAAAUGUUUAUGUGGUACUUGAAUCCACGCCAGGUCUUUGAUCUCUCUCAGGAAGGGCCAAGGGAUGCGCUUGAACUCUACAGAAAAGUGCCAAACCUGCGAAUCCUGGCCUGUGGUGGAGAUGGAACGGUGGGUUGGAUCCUCUCCAUCCUAGAUGAGUUGCAGCUCAACCCUCAGCCUCCUGUUGCUGUCCUUCCGCUUGGUACAGGGAAUGACCUUGCUCGCACCCUCAGUUGGGGUGGGGGUUACACGGAUGAGCCAGUCUCAAAGAUUCUCUGUCAUGUGGAAGAUGGCACCAUUGUCCAGCUGGACCGCUGGAACCUCCAGGUGGAACGAAAUCCUGAUUUGCCCCAGGACGAACUUGAGGAUGGGGCACGAAAGCUUCCACUCAGUGUAUUCAAUAAUUACUUCAGCCUUGGAUUUGAUGCACAUGUCACGCUGGAGUUCCAUGAAUCUCGAGAAGCAAAUCCAGAGAAAUUCAACAGUCGCUUUCGAAAUAAAAUGUUUUAUGCUGGGGCAGCCUUUUCAGACUUUCUGCAGAGAAGUUCCAGAGAUUUAUCCAAACAUGUUAAAGUUGUGUGUGAUGGAACAGACCUGACCCCAAAGAUUCAGGAGCUGAAGUUCCAAUGUAUAGUGUUUUUAAACAUACCCAGGUAUUGUGCAGGCACGAUGCCCUGGGGAAACCCCAGUGAUCACAGAGACUUUGAACCUCAGCGCCAUGAUGAUGGUUACAUUGAGGUCAUUGGAUUUACAAUGGCCUCUCUGGCUGCUCUUCAGGUGGGUGGUCAUGGAGAAAGGUUGCAUCAGUGCCGGGAGGUGACACUGCUAACAUACAAGUCUAUCCCCAUGCAAGUGGAUGGGGAGCCAUGUCGAUUGGCUCCCUCUCUCAUUCGGAUCUCCCUGCGGAACCAGGCCAACAUGGUGCAGAAGAGCAAGAGGAGGACAUCCAUGCCUUUACUCAAUGAUCCCCAUUCCAUCCCAGAUCGCCUGCGGAUCAGAGUGAACAGAAUUAGUUUACAAGAUUAUGAGGGCCUGCAUUAUGACAAGGAAAAACUCCGGGAAGCGUCCAUUCCUCUGGGAAUUGUAGUUGUACGAGGAGAUUGUGACUUGGAGACUUGUCGUAUGUAUAUUGACCGUCUACAAGAGGACCUACAGUCAGUAACUUCUACUACGCAGAGAGUUCAUUACCAGGAUCAGGAAAGUUCCUUCACAAGAGUAAUUUCUGUUCAGAAGCUCUCUCCUAGAUGGUGCUUCCUAGAUGCAACUUCUGCUGAUCGUUUUUACCGCAUUGACAGAUCUCAGGAACAUUUGCACUUUGUGACGGAAAUUUCGCAGGACGAGAUUUUUAUCCUGGACCCUGAGCUGGUGGUGUCGCAGCAGGUGGGGACACCUCCAGGAAUGCAUGAUCUGGUAGUGGAACAGGCCUCUGGAAUAUCAGAUCGGUGGAACCCAGCAGUUCGAAAGCGGAUGCUGAGUGACAGUGGCCUGGGCAAGAUUUCCCCGCACUACGAGGUACCUGAAAAACAAAAGGACGCCAGCCAGACACACAUGCUGCAGUCACCAGUGUCUUCAGAAGAUCAAGCACUUUUACAGGCAGUAAUAGCCAGUGAUCUUCUGAAGUUCAUUGAAUGCUGUAAAAAAGGAGCUAACCUGUUAAUCCAGGGACCUGACCACUGUUCCUUGCUUCACCAUGCUGCCAAAACUGGGAACAGUGAGAUUGUAAAAUACAUCUUGGAGCACGGUCCCUCUGAGUUGCUGGAUAUGACAGAUAGUGAAACGGGUGAGACAGCAUUGCACAAAGCGGCCUGCCAGCGCCAUCGUGCCAUCUGCCAACUCUUGGUGGAUGCGGGAGCGUCUCUGAGAAAGACAGAUUCCAAGGGUAAGACGCCUCGAGACAGGGCUCAGCAAGCUGGGGACCCAGAUUUGGCUGCCUACCUGGAGAGUCGUCAGAACUACCAGAUGGUUUCCCACGAGGACCUGGAGACAGCUGUCUGAUGCCUGUGGACAGGAGGAGACAAACCAAGGAAAUAACAAGGCCGCACCUUAGGCGCUCGGGCAUCAUAUGAGGAAAGAAGCUGAUGGGAUCACCGUGUCUCACUCUCAUGCAAAUUAUCUGAGGACAUGCCACUGGUUUCUAAGGGCUACUGAGUCUUGCCAUGGAAUUGUUAAGUUCCCAUAUGUUAGCCCAUGAAGGAUGAGGCAAGACACUCAAAGGUCUGUGGAAUCCAUAGGCCACGAAAAUUUACCUUUACUGCUUCCAGCAAGUAGCAUGAACUUCUCCCUUGUUCAUCUGUACACUUUAUUUUAAAAAAAGGAAAAAAAAAGGGAGGAAAAACUAACUUGGACCUGAAAAUACUCAACCAACCCCCUCUUCCAUCCCUCCAGUACCUUACGUUCCUUUCACCCUACCUCUUCAUUUUUUGUCAGUUAAAUAGUAUCUCUUAUCUCUGUAUAAAUUCUUCCUAAAUGGUCAGGUUAAUAGCAAAGAGUUUGAGGAGCUCUGGAUACCUGUAGGCUGAGGGAGGGGAAAUGACCGUCAAACCUGCUGAGUGCUUUCCUUACUGUUCCCUCAGAAAUUGCAGUCUGAACACUUAAUUGCUAGGGCAUUUCCUCUCUUUUGGAAAGACCUCUCUCAACUGCCCUGUUCUGUGGGGUGCUGGGUUCAGGCAGAUUUACAGCACUGGCAAAAGCUCACUUCCUCGUUUAAGGUGUUUUCUUGUAAUUCCAGUUGAGUGGAAGGGGGUUGCUUGUAUGACAAACUGUGUUCCCUUGGGACAGACCAGUAAGAGGUCGCAUAUUGCCAUUUUGAAGUUAAUGAACGAUUGAUUUUGUCCCAGUCAGAAGCCUGCCUACAACUAGCCAUUUUUGGCUUCUAUCCAGAUGAGCUUUAAAGUGGGGAGAGUGCCGGGUGGUGUGAUGGAGUAAAGGUUGAUUGACUUACUAGUCAUCCCCGAUUGACUUACUCCCAGUCAUGGAAACCAAAUCUGAAGCAUUCAGGUACCCAAUCAAGGGUUGCUGAUGUUAACAAGAAGAUGGACACCACAUUAGACAUUUUGCAAAUAACACAACACUAUGAGAAAAACAUCUGUCUGGAAGUGAAGACUAGUAGAUGCCAAGAAGGACUUGGAAAAAAAGCUUUAAAAUAAUACAGAAAAGAAAAGAGAAGAUAAGAGGAAGAGAGCUUAUUCUGUUCAAAAUAAGACAAUUGGCAAUCAUAAGCCUCUCACUGUAGGGUUAGAAACACACUGCUUAGCUGCUCUGAGGCCAUUCUUGGUAUUCUUAUUUUGCCACUUUCUUUCCUGCCCAAGAGACCACCACCAUCGAAAAGGAGACCCUCCUCUACCCGCUGACACCUUUAUACACAAGAUGUUUGCAUUAAGUUUUUCAUCACCAAUGCAAUUUUGGUAUCAGAACCAUUAGGGCUUCCACUUCCACUUAAACAGAUUGCCUCUCAUGAGAAGUGUCAAGGCCCAAUGCUGUCAUCAUUUCAGCACUGUUAUUUUUGGAAAAUCGUUUCUGUGUCUCUUCAUAUGUUGUAGGGGCCUGAUGAUUGGUACUAAGCAGGAUUUAUGUGCAGUUCAGAACCCAGGAAAACAACUUGGGUCCUUUUUCAAAUAAGUUCUUCUUCCUUUAGUAGCAGUUGUGGAGAUGAAGUUGAUGCAAUUUCUCUAACUCUUCCUUUCCAUCCUUUUAUUUAUUUAUUUUUAAACACAAGUGAUUCAUAUGGCAGAGGAGGAGGAAUUAAAGAAUAAGCUCUUUCAUUGUUCUGGUUUUCAAAUCUUUGUUCAAUGCUACAAGGUAUUUCUCAGCAUUUCUUCCUCUGAAAGAAAACUAUUGAUACCAUAUAAGUAAUCUACAGACCAAUGGUAACAUGAAAUGCAUUUUGUUUUAUUUUCUCUUCAUUUUAUCUUUUAAUUUAAAAAUAUAUGGUUAAGGCCAAAUUGUUCCCUUGGUAAUCGGGCAGAAGUUUCCAGGGAGGGCUGGUGUGUGCCUCCCAGCAUAGAGUUUAGCCUUGAAAGCAGAAAGCAGAAUAAAGUACGUGUGUAGUGUUGGCAUCGCUUCCCAGCCUUGGGGAAAGGCAACACUAAUGCUUCAUACAGUCACAUUCAGAAAAUGCUAGUAUCAGUUAUAUCUUUUUUUGUGUUCAGUAGGCAAGAAAGUGAUGAAGUUGGAUGUAUAUCCUGGGGGAGCUUCUGUCCUGUGCCUAGAUGCAGCUAGUCGGGAGCAGUCAGUAAGUGAGCCAGUAAGCUGCCUGAUUCUCAAGCCCUGACAUCAAUUGGAGCAACCUAAGGCCAGCUCUAAUUUAUGGCAGGUGUCUGCAGUCUAUAGGGAACCAUGCGCCAUCUGUGAAUUACUCUAGCAGAGUGGAACUUCAUUCGUCUCUGUCCCUGUCUUUCCUUUCCUCCCAUCAUAUUCCUUUUAUACCUGAGGAAGUGGCUGACAUAGCAGCAGGCUUUGCCAGGUUUACCUCAGCUACGAAUUCCCCUCUGCUGGGGUAUUCUUGCCUUGGCAGGAGUGGCUAGAAUACAUCUUCUUUGCACCAUUCAUGCAGCUUAAAGGAACUGCAUCACCAAUGAGAAUAUGGCCUUCCCUUUUCCCUCGGCAGCUGGAAAAUGAUGCUGUGACUAGAAUAAGACUAUUGUGCCUCUGGAAAGUUUUUCACAAUAAGUGCUCAGUCGGAGGCAGUUACAGUAUGAUGAAAACAAAACCCCAGACUGGAGAUAGAACAGAAAUUGGCUGAACAUAGUGCCUCUUAAUAUUCAAGGUGUCCUGAAGCACUUUACAAGCACUGUGUUAGAUACUGGCAAUGUAUUAACUGUGCACAUUAUUCUGGCAAGGCUCAGGCACAGCCUGCAAUACCAGAACUUGGCUCAGUGAAAGAAUGAGCAUUGGAUGUGGACGUAAGGAAUUAUUCCUUACUCCUUUUGAAGUGCCAUGGGUUUCCUGAGGCUAGGUAGCUAUCAGGAGCAGGAAGGCUGGACAUCAGUUUACUACAUCCUUUGUAUAGAACCUCUAAGUACUUGGUGCCUGUCUUAGCAUGGCAUU